AUGGCCACGGAGGCCGGGGGGGCCCGGACCCUCAUCGUGAAGAGCGUGGCAUUUGGGGUGACAGACGAGCAGUUUGGGAGCUACUUCAGUGACAUUGGUCCCGUGUCGCGAUCUUUCCUGGUCAAGCAGGGCAAGGAGGGUCCCCACAAGGGGUAUGGCUUCGUGCAGUUUGCGCUGGCCUCGGAUGCAGAGCGGGCGGUGGCGAACCUGAACGGCACCGACUUGGGAGGCAGGAAGCUCAAGGUCGAGGUUGCCAGCAAGCGCGCCACCUUUGAGGAGAGGAAGAAGAAGCGCCAGCAGGGCGGUGAAGAGGGCGGCGCCCCCGCGACGCCUGCAGAAAGCGUGGAGGCCCUGCCCGCCGCCCUCCGGGACGACCACAAGCUGACGCGCGACGGCUGCCCCGCCGGCCCCGCCCUGCUGCUGGUGUCGGGCGACGGCCUCCACCUAAAGCGCUGGCGCGUGGUGGUCCGCAACCUGCCCUUUACCGUGACCGAGGGGGCCCUGCGCGAGGCUUUCGCCCCCGCCGGCUUUGUGUGGGAGGUGUCUGUGCCGCGCUCCGCGGGCGGCCGUGCGCGCGGCUUCGCCUUCGUCGGCUUCCAGUGCCACAUCGACGCAGAGCGCGCCAUCCGCACUGUCAACGGCACCGCCGUGGCCGGGCGCACCGUGGCGGUGGACUGGGCGCUGAGCAAGGCCCAGUUCCAGGGCGAGGCCGAGGCGGCCGCCGCCAAGGCCCAGGCGCACGUCAUAGAAGCCGCAGCGGUGACGCUGGGCUCUGAUGACGAGGAGGACGCCGCGUCAGACUCUGACCUUGACCUGGAGGCCGCUGCUCCCGCCGCACACCUGGCGCCCGAGGCGGAGUCUGCCAUGCAAACUGGCAUCAUCGACAGCCUGCUGGGCGCCGCAGCCAGCGACGGCCUGCUGCAGCGCGCGGCCGCCGGCGAGGCGGCACCAUCAUCGAGCAAGGACGCCGGGGACGAGGCCGCAGCGCGGGGGGCCUCGGCCGCGCUGGUCCGCACCGUGUUUGUGCGUGGGCUGCCGCUGGACGCCAGCAAGGAGCAGGUGUGGACCAAGCUGCAGCUGUUUGGCCGGCUCAAGGCCUGCCGCCUGGUCAUGGACCGCGACACGGGCAAGGCCAAAGGCACCGCCUUUGUGGAGUUUGCCACGGAGGAGGGCGCACAGGCGGCGGCUGCGGCGGCUUCGGACGCCAGGGAGUCCAAGGGCCCUGCUGUGGUCGUGGCGGGGCGCACCGUGGAGAUCGACAUGGCCCUGGACGCCCAGGCUGCGCGCCACGCCUCGGCCAAGAGCCAGGACGACUGGCGGGCGCGGGACAAGCGCAACCUGUACCUCACCAAGGAGGGCAUCAUCUCGGAGGGCAGCGUCGCCUGGGAAAACAUGCCGGAGGGGGACCAGGCCAAGCGCAAGCGUGCAGCAGUGGAGCGCAAGGCUAAGCUGGCGAGCCCCAACUUUGUCGUGUCCAGCACCCGACUCAGCGUGCGCAACAUUCCGCUGGCCUGGAACGAGGCCAAGCUGCGGGACGUGUUUGUGGCGGCGGUGAAAGAAAGGGCGUCCAAGGCUGUCCCCGUGGCGAAGCAGGUCAAGAUACUGAAGGAUGCGGAGCGCCCUGGGCCCGACGGCGAGCCCCGGUCCAAGGGCUUUGGGUUCGUGGAGUUCACGGAGCACGAGCACGCGCUGUGCGCGCUGCGCCAGCUCAACAACAACCCCACCGCCUUCCACAAGGACCGGCGACCCAUCGUGGAAUUUGCCAUCGACAAUGUCAAGGCGUUGAAGGCGCGCGAGCACCGUGCCACCCAGGCCCAGACAGCCAAGGCGGCGGGGGGACCACAGGCUGAUGGGCCAGUCGCCGGGCAGGCUGCGGGCCCUGGAGCCGCCCGCGAGGACGUGGCGGCGCCCGCCCCGGAGGCCGAGCCGAAGAGCCGGCGCCAGCUGAGGAAGGAGCGCAACAUGGUGGCGCGGGAGCGGCGGGCGGCGGCCGCCCUCGCGAAGCAGGACCCCGACCAGCACGAGAAGGUCGAGCUGGCUGAGAAGGGGAGGCGCAAGACCAGAGCGCCAGCCGAGAGGCCCCAGCCGGCGCCAGUCGCGGCGUCGGUCGCGGCGCCAAGGGAGAGGAAGAAGGGCGCGGGCGCAGCUGCCCCGUCGGCCCCGGCAGCGCAGGCGGCGGCGGUGGCGGCGCCAGAGCCGGGCCCGGAGGCCGCCGUCCAGCCGCAGCGCAAGGCGGUGCUGCGAUCCCAGCGGCGGCGGCUGCUGCGACAGCGCAAGGCCGGGAAGCAGGGGGGUGGCGAGCACGAGGAGGAUCCGGCGCCUGGCGCUGGUGCGAAGAAAGGACGGCAUGGGCGCGAGGACGAGGCGUGGACGGAGCCCAGGCCGCGCCGGGCCGCGUCGCCGAGCAACGGCGUGGUCACGGCGGGGAAGGGCCAGACCGCGAGGAAAGCGGGGCACUGGGUUGGAGGGGAGGCCGGUGCGAGGGCUGCCGGCCAUGGGCCAAAGGCAGCAGGGGCGGAUCUCAAGGCCAGGGUCAACCCAAUGAAGCAAAAGGCGGUCGUUGCCGCCAAGACUGUCAUGGGAGCCAGUAAGUCUGAUGUUUGGGAGCUUUGUUCAGGACUGAGGGACACAGAGGAGAGUGGGUCUGGCUGGUGGGGUCCAUUGGAUGGCAUGCCAACCUGCCCAGCCACUGCCUGCCGAGCGCACGUGAGUAACUCAUCGCCGUCGGUUUUUCUUUCCUCCGUCGCGCAGAGGCAGGAGCAGCCACGUCGCGCAGGGCGAGCAAGAGUGGCAUGUCUGCGGAGAAGAAGCUGGACAGUCUGGUGUCAGAGUUCCGGGGCAAGCUCUUUGGCAAGCCCAAGGGCAAGGGUGCAGGCGAGGCGACGAAGCUGGGACUGA